AUGGUGGGACCAAGCCGGCAGAGCUUCCAGCUUCUCUUCGACACCGGCUCGAGCUUCCUGUGGGUGCCCUCCUCCAGCUGCAGCUCAUCAGCUUGCAUGCUUCACAAGAAGUACAGGAGGCUGCAAACGGGAGAGGCGGAAGUCAGUCAGGGUGUCGCCAUGAGCUUUGCUUCCGGAAACCUGGUGGGGCUCCCCGCUCACGACAAGUUCUGCCUAGGCGGAGACCGUCCAUCGAAGCUCUGUGCCACAAUGGACCUUCACGCUGCGGAGCAGGAGAGUGACUUCCCAUUCAUUGACAUGCCAUUCGAUGGCAUUCUUGGUCUCGCGCCAACACCGCACAGUCCCGUCCGUGCACUGGCUGAUCAAGCCGGUUUGGGCGCUUUUGCCAUAAGACUGGACAAGCCACUCUGUGAAGAAGGAAGUUCAGGUGAAAUUUCUUUCGCCACGGACGUGUCCCAACUUCCGCCAGAGCUGGUCGAGUCUGGUUCCCUGGCGUGGGCGCCAAUGGCACCAGAGGCAGAGGAGUUGGGGUACUGGUUGCUCCAGGUGGUAUCUGUGUCGGUAGAGGGAUAUGGACUUCUUGAGACGUGUGAACAUGGCGCAUCUGGCUGCCUUGCAGCUGUGGACACAGGCACUGGUGAUGUCAUGGGCCCAAAGGUCUCCGUGGAUCGCUUGCUUUCCCUCCUGGAUGUCAAGGCAGACUGCGAUCUGAAAAAGAUGCCCAGCGUUGAGUUCCGCUUCCAGGGCUUGCACGACAGGAUCGUGUCGUUGAGCAUGGCGCCGGAGGACUACAUUGACAGAACGCGCGGGAUUUGUGAUGUCUCCAUUUCUGUGAUGGAUAUGCCACCACAGAAGCCCCAAGUGUGGGUCAUUGGGCAACCGCUGCUGCGGAAGUAUGUGUCUGUGUAUGACAUGAAGGCGCGGAAAGUAGGGUUUGGCCUAGCCAGCCGGCAAAGGGAGGCCACAACCAGGCAAAUGCCUUUGUCGGACGCAGACAGUUUCCUGCAGUCUGCGCAGAAUUCAGGAUUUCAGGUCGUGAGGGAGCGGAAGAUGCGAUUACGAAGCUCCAGAGACAGAGAGUAG